AUGGACGAGAGUGCGGAGAGUGCUGUGCGCAAGGUGUUCGACAGCAAGCCGUGGCAGUAUGUGCUGGAUGCCGCAAGUGCGGUGAUCCGUGGUGGCGUCGCACGGACGUAUGGCCUCCACAGCGCGACUGUGGCCGAGUUUGUGGCUGAGCUCCCUGACGAGGUUUGGGGGGACAUGACACGCCAGGUGGCUGAGCAGACACUGUUGCAUAUCCGCCAAGUUUGCGUGGGCGUCGACGUCGACGACUUGACCGAGGUGUGUCCAUGGCUGGCGCUUCGCCCGCCGGCCCGGCUCGACGUCCUUGCCCUUAUUGGCCCGUGCGGCGCCAUCGUCGACGCCGCGUCCGCGGUGGCCGCCGGCCUGUGGCACGGCGCGAUGUCGAGCGCUGCGGCGGCGCCUCUUCUUGUUGCUGACACUCCGAGUACUGCCGAGGAUGGCUCCGUGUGCCAGCCUUUUAACGUGGUGCCUGAUGGCGGCGACGAUGACAGCCGGCUCGCGUGCGGUCUCGCGCUGUACUCGCUGACGCUCACGCUCUACGCCGGGUACAUGAUGAGCGUGCUGCUGCACUACUCUUCACCAGGCUAUGCGCCUGUCCCGGCAGAGCUGAUCAAGUUGUAUGGAGCGGCUGGAGAUGCGCGCGACGGGUUGGCACCAGAGGCUGCGGCGCAGCUGGCGGCGCUCGAAGCCGACUUGGUGUAG